AUGGCUCCGCGGCUCGCUGCGGUUGCCUUCGGCCUGUUUUCCCUGGCGGAGGCGAAUCUGGGGCUGCUUGGGCAGUACGCAAGCUACGAUGCCCGCAUGCCCAUCGAGAAGGCGGCUGAGAUGGUACGGGAGGUGGAGCAGAACUUGCAGCAAAGUGCAGGAGCAGCAGCCCAGGUGCAGGGCAACCCGCCGUGUCCGCAGGUCCCCCACCGAUUUUCGGCACAAAUGACAUUUGUGAACACAGACUCAGGUUAUCCCGCGAAAGGCCCCGGCUUCUUUGCGCAGGAUGUGGACCUGAAAGCCAUGCGAAUGGAAACAAUUCGGCCCUUCCUUGGGAAGAUAAAAGGCAUGGACACCAAUCUGACCAUGCUGAGCAUAGGAAAUCAUUCUUGGGAUCUCACUGGAAACAAUGAGCCAAUGUGCCGUGUACUGCCCAUGUUUGGAACUCAGCGCUUCCAUGACAUGUUUGCCUGGGCUGCGAAUCCGGCGCUGUCGGAAUACGUGGGGCCGCACGUUGUGGCUGGACACAGCUGCGACCUGUGGCGCUUCCGUUUCGGGAGCAAGACCUUGAACCAGACGUUGUGUGCUGAUGGAAAUAUUCCGGUGGAGCUAGUGAUCUCGAUCAACAACGCCAGUGGCACAACGGUAAAGAAGAUGCUGGCCAGCUACCAGUUCAGCCAAGUGACUUCUCAGGUCGAUCAGACGCUUCUGGAGAAGCCUUCCAUCUGCGACAGCCUUGCCCCGCCGUGCGAGAACGGGCGAGAUGUGGGGCCGGUGACUGUGGAUGCAUACGUCUUCCACCCAGGCAUCUCAGCAAUUGACUACAACAUAGAGGAUCAGAAUGUGGCGGAUUUGCGAGGCGAUGCGCUUUUCAUUUGCAUGGACUGCCUCCAGAAUCAGAGCUCCUUCAUUGACCACAACUACACGCGGAUCUCUCGCUACACAUUGCAGAUCUCGCCAGCAUUCGGCCAGUAUGCACUUUGCAAUGGCUAUCCGGACACCGUGCCACCUGGUCCGGAGUGUAUGGGUGGUGAUCCCCGUUUGGUUGGGAAGGAAGCGCCCUUCUUCGCCGGCGAUGGAGAAAACAGGUGCUCGGCUGAGAGCUCCAUUGGUUUCUGGUAUGGCCUGCCGAAGGCAGGCCACUGCUCGGCGGGCGAAGUCCCUAAGAAGAGCGCGUGGGAGUCGGGCUGUACCUGGUCGAUUCUGAAGCGGCACAAGACCAUCAAACAGACUUGCUUGCUCAACGACCACCACUACCUGAGCUACUGCCAAGCAGACUUCAAAGAGGGCAAAGGCUUUCCAAGGAGUGAGGCCGCAUUGCUUGCAGCCUUCAGCUCUGAAGAUCCCUCGAAGGGAGGUUGUGCAGACAUCGGCGGGUUUCCCGAGAGGCUGCUCGUGUCAGCCACCUGUGGCACAUGGCCAAAGGAAGGGCUUGCUCCAUGGAACUCCAAAGCGGGCGUCCGCGAAGGCGGUGCCACGGGCGAAGAAGCGGCACGCCAGAAGAUCUUGCAGCUACGGGAGCAUGCGCAGCGGGCUCGUCGAAUGCUGCUCGGCAUAUCUCGGCAUCGGGACCCAGGACUCCCUCAGGACGUUGGCGAGCUGGACAUGCCCAUUUUCAAGGUACUGAGCUGCGACGUGCAAAGUUUCUAUCACGAAGGUCGAUGGGCCCAGCUCUUGAUCGCGGCGGCAGGUGUUGACAGCGGAAGUAAGAUUCGCCAGGCGGCCUCGGGAGCUCCAGAACUUCCGAAGCCCCUGUCCUUGCUUUUCCAGGCUUUGCACCGGGCCAUUCCUGGCCGACUGAAUUGGCAGCCAAAGCCGUACAUGGCACUGGUCCGCAUGCUGCUGGAAGUGGUGCACGCAGAAGCCAUGCCGCUUUUCGUUCAUUCUGCCGCUCACAAGGUGGCCUCGACUGCCAUGCAGACUGUCGCCUCGCAAGUGCGCAAGGUCCUUCAAGAGGCGCAAUCUGCAGAGGAUGCUGGCGCUUGGCUAGUUGAUGUCUUCUGUGAGGAGUGGGAGCAGCACAAGGCGGGCUUGCCUCACCUGCCGGAGUUUUUUGCAGACCCACGGCGCCUGGCCCCGCCUGAAGGAGGAUCUGCUGUUGGUGUGGGGAGGCGGUCGUCGAUGCAACGACCCAGCAUUGUGGUUGCUGCGCAGCAUGCUGUACGGAGCCUUCUGAUGUGCAGGAGGCUAGUGCGAAGCCUUCCUGGUGCUGUGCCAAAGGCAGAGGAACAACCAGGAGGUCCACAGUGGCUACGGUACAGUGACGAGCCACUGCCAAUUCAGUUGCCGAUGGAGGCUUCCGGGCGACUUCGCGAAGGUGGCGUUGUGGAGCUCCGCAACUACACUUGCAUCUGCUGUAGCGUGGCAUCCGCGAAAAAGGUGCAGCGUCAGUUGCUGCUGGAUCCAACUUGGCUCAUCCUAGCUGAACCUGAUGUUAGCGGCAGUGACAGCUCAACCACAGCAGUGGUGACGACUGUUUGGCCGAUUUGGCAGGUGCAGUCGCUGAUUGACAGGAGUGAUCCCAGGACGCUCCAGAUUGGCAUGAAUGCGCACAAGCCUGGCAUGCGACCAGGAGAGGCUAUCGCGUACAAUCCGCCGGUAUGCACGUAUUUUACGUUGACCCUCAACUUUGAUGACGUGAAGAAGUGCAACGAAGCUGCAGUCCAUCUGCAGACGCGCCGGCGUGGUGUUCGAGGUCAGAUGCUGCAGAAGGCAGCGAGCUUCUUUGAGCAAUGCCAGGCCGGCCAAACCAACUCUGCAGACCAUGACGCCCCAGUGGCUCUCGAGUCCGUCACAAGCAGCAUUUUCUGA